AUGGUGAAGCCUGGAAGCGAACUAUACGACCUGCCACUCUACACAGUGCUGCCCAAUCGCGAGAUGCUUCUUGACACAGAGGGAAAGACAGUGUUCAGGAUUUGCACCUACCAGCCGGUUGAGGGCGGCACAGACGACCAGCCCAUUUGGAAGAACAUCGGCACUGAGGCGGAGCCACGGCCAGUGUGGCACCGUGAGUUCCGAAGGGACCUUCCCAGUGACCCGCUCCUGCACACAGAUGUCUACGAGGUUAAGGUCAAGGUCUUGUACCUCCCUGGCAUCCUGAAUUUGAAGGUGGUCAGCAUCCUCUCCCUGGUGUGGAACAACUGGGACAACAUGAAGGUCUUCUCCAAGAUGCCCAUCCGAGCAGUCAUUGCAGGCAUGUGGCAUCGCCACGUGGACUUGUGGCGUUUCUGCAUGUUCUGGCUGUUCUUGCUGCCGCUUGGCAUUGAAAGCAACAAGGCGUAA